UGCAGGAAGCCGACCUUUGCUGAUCUUGUGAACAAGCUCUACGGCACCACUGGCAUGUGCAGGAAGGGUCGCAGAGGACCGCCGUUCGACCCGUGCGAGCGUGUAGCCGUGUUCAUGUGGCGGCUGGGUGGAGACUCCACGGUCAGGCAGACCGCCCUUCAGUUUGGCCUGUCUGAUGGGACGGUAUCUCAGGUGACCCUGGAGGUGGCAAGAAGGGUCGACAAGUAUCUUCGCGAUGAAUGCGUCUGGUGGCCUAGCCCAGAAGAGCAGCGUGAUAUGUCUGCAGCAUGGGAGCUCGAGAAGCAUCUCAGGGGUGUGAUCGGAGCCAUAGACGGGAGUCACAUCAAGAUCCUGGCGCCACCAGACUCGCUCCAGACCUCGUACUACAAUUACAAGCAUUUCUACUCCAUUUCGCUACUCGCCAUCGUGGACAACGAGGGUAUGUUCCGCUGGUUUUGCUCCGGAGCACCAGGCGCGUGCGCCGACAGCGGGGUCUUGACGGACACCGCGUUCUACGAGAUGGUACAGGAGGACCAGGCACAGCCAGUGAGCAGCAGACAGCUGUUCGCCAACGGCGCGUGCAUCCUGGGGGACUCUGCAUUCGCUGAGUCUCCAUGGAUGCGCACGCCAAUCGGGAAACCCGACAACAGGGCGGAACGAUUUUUCAACUACAAGCAUUCGAGCAUGCGCUUCCGCGUAGAGCAUGCUUUCGGGCGCCUGAAGAAGAAGUUCCGUGCUCUUCUGAAUGGUUUGGACUGCCACCUCGACCACUGCCCGACGAUCGUCAACGCGUGUGUCAUCCUGCACAACUUCAUCUUCAUGUGCGAAGGCGAAUCACCUGCCGACCACGGAGUUGACAACGCCCCGACGAGGAACGGCACUGGACGCGCACUGUCGCAGGGUGCCGGCCCCUUCGAUUCUGAGAGGGCCAGGGAGGUCGACUACCUCCGCCGCAAUUUCCUGCAGAGGGAGUGGGGAGCUGCAGGCUCGCGAAUGGACCAAGCACGCUUACAAGACGAGAGGCGUGCGAGGAGGAACAACGGCACAGCGCGUUGAUACACUGAGACUCGUGGGGUUAUAAUCUGUUAUGUCUACCUGUGUGUUUUUGUCUUGAGUUUUCCUUGGCUGGAGUAUGGUUACGGGGACAGGGGACAGGCCGCCUGGGGAUCACUUAUUGUGUGGCAUACAUGUGGCCUUAUGCAUAUGAGUUCACGUUGAGUCAACCCGCGCAAGUGUUGGGGCAUUUAGAGGACAGGAGGUAUUGUGAUAUGGAGUAAAAUGAGCGAGCUAGGGGCGAAUCGUGCAAUAGGGUGGUGUUACCACUUAACCUUAGCAUCAAACGUUGAGAUUCGGUUGAAUGUUUGCACCAUUAGGGUGUGCAUCAGGUAGGCUUGUAACGUUGUAACGGAGACCAAUAAUGUCCGAAUACAAAAUAAAGCCUUUUGACUACAGCAGUGGCCGAGUGGGCGUCAAUUAUUCGAUGCAUACGGUGCGCUUAUGUCCAGACGUUUUGCACCCCACAAGCCCUGCAGCACCAGCCUACUAAAGGUGUGUCGACACAACUGGAGAACGUGCGUAUGUAUUAUGUUGUAGGAGGGGCACCCCGCCGCACAGUAACAGUGUCAUGAUACGGUGAACGUCGAGGAAAAAUAACAAAAUACUUUACAAGAACCGCAACGUUGAGUCGAAGCCAACGGACUUAGCUGCACAGGAUGUCUCGUGUUCCUGGACGCAAACCAAAACUUCGAAGCCCGAGCCCUAGAGCGUGGGUGCGUAUCGCAGUCCGCACCUAAAGAAAUAAAACGCCCUGUCAUGUUCACAGUGCAACUUGUAGCCGUCGCAAAUAAUGAUCCACGAACGAAACAUCCUACAAGUACGCCAGCGCUGCAUCUGGUCACAGGUGAAUCACCCUCCGAAAACACAGCAGUCCUCGUUUACCAUUCCUAGUGAGUGGCACAUGACAAAAGGGAAGACCCAAAAGCGCCGCUGCAGCGACGCUCUCCUUGUCCCCGCCUGCAGCAUCUUUGCCCUUCCUCGGCGAAGUCCUCCUACCAUCCCCUGCAUCACCGGGGGGCUUAUCUCCGAGCGCGGACCGCGUGGCGCCCGCGGACCGCACAGAGCCGCGAGUAGCGCCGCGCGCGGGAGGGCGAAGAGGCAGACCCUGUGGUUGAGAGGACGCUCCUGCCUUUUUGGCCGCCGCUCGCUUAACCUUCUUCACCACGCCCGAUCCAAACACCGCACAAUCCCCGGCCUUCCGCGACGUGCUCGCUGCCCUCGUCUUCUUCGUGGCGGUACGUUUCUCUGUGGUUCGCCUUGCCAUAGUCCUCCUAUUCCAACCCAAUGGUAUGUGUAUGACCUACGUGUGUGGCGGACCUUUUU